CGCUGCAGAAGGAUCUGGACACCAAACUCUUUGGACAGCAUCUUGUAAAGAAAGUCAUCUUGAAUGCGGUGUCAGGUUUCCUAAGCAACCCGAAGCCCAAGAAACCUCUCACUCUCUCCCUGCACGGGUGGACGGGCACUGGCAAAAAUUUUGUCAGCAAGAUCAUCGCGGAGAACAUCUACGAGGGUGGUCUAAACAGUGACUAUGUCCACUUGUUCGUGGCCACUCUGCACUUCCCGCAUGCCUCCAACAUCACGCUGUACAAGGACCAGCUACAGCUGUGGAUCCGAGGCAACGUGAGCGCCUGCGCACGGUCCAUCUUCAUAUUCGAUGAAAUGGAUAAGAUGCACGCGGGCCUCAUCGAUGCCAUCAAGCCUUUCCUGGACUACUACGACCUGGUCGAUGGGGUCUCCUACCAGAAAGCCAUCUUCAUAUUUCUUAGCAAUGCUGGAGCAGAAAGGAUCACAGACGUGGCUCUAGAUUUCUGGAGAAGUGGGAAGCAGCGGGAAGAAAUCAAGCUCAAAGACAUGGAGCAUGCCUUGUCCGUGUCCGUCUUUAACAACAGGAACAGUGGCUUCUGGCACAGCAGCUUAAUUGACCGAAAUCUCAUCGACUACUUUGUCCCCUUCCUGCCCCUGGAAUACAAGCACGUCAAAAUGUGCAUCCGGGUCGAAAUGCAGGCCCGAGGCUACGCCAUCGAUGAGGACAUCGUCAGCAGGGUGGCUGAGGAGAUGACAUUUUUCCCCAAAGAGGAGAGAGUGUUCUCUGAUAAAGGCUGCAAAACUGUCUUCACAAAGUUAGAUUAUUACUACGAUGACUGAGCCCAGGGCGUCGCCUCAAGUGAACAUCUGCUCGGCCUAACCCUGCCCUGGAGAGGACCAGGAGUGCCUCUGUCCCCGGUGACAGGAGCCUGUGGGUCACCACGCCUCAGGGACCAUGGACUUGGACUGGAAGCCCUGGAGCCUCAGGGGGGACAUCACCCACUCCCCGCCCACUCGUGCCAGGGCUUGUGAUUUUUUGAAAAUGAUGUUUCAAGGAAGGAUGCAUAAGUUUUACUGAACAUGUGAGAACUUUAUUUAAAGUGGUUUUUAACAUAAUGAGACACUUUUCGGAGUAAA